UCCCCUAUCCUCUGUUGCGGCGAGUGACAGGGACAGGACGCUUGCUGCUCAAGCAACAAGCUUAGCGUUGAUAGCUAAGCUCUAAAAACGUACCUACCUCUUAAAUUAUUUUAGCACCACUGACAAAGAAGACGAAAUGGAGGUGCCGAUGGAUCCCUUGUUUCUCGCAUGGAGCUACUUUAGAAGACGGAAGUUCCAACCAUGUUCUGAUAUUUGUUCGAAGAUAUUAGAGGACAGUCCAUACGACCAGGAACCUGACUCCUCAUCACAUAUUUCUGAGGCUGCAUGGAGUCUGAAGACCCGUUCUCUGACAGAGAUGGUGUACAUCGAUGAGGUGGAGGUGGACCAGGAGGGGAUCGCUGAGAUGAUGCUGGAUGAAAGCUCCAUUGCCCAGGUUGCUCGCCCUGGGACAUCACUGAGGCGUCCUGAAACAAGCCAUGGAGGUGGACCUACUCCAGCUAUCAGGCCCAUUACCCAAUCGGGACGACCAAUCACAGGGUUUGUGAGGCCCAGUACCCAGUCUGGCAGACCAGGGACAAUGGAACAGGCCAUUAAGACCCCGCGCACAGCACACACUGCCCGCCCUGUCACUGGUGCAUCUGGGAGAUUUGUCCGGCUGGGAACAGCCUCCAUGUUAACCAAUCCUGAGGGGCCAUUUAUAAAUUUGUCAAGACUCAACUUGGCUAAAUAUGCCCAGAAGCCCAAUUUAUCCAAGACCUUGUUUGAGUACAUCUUCCAUCAUGAAAAUGAUGUAAAAAAUGCUUUAGACCUGGCUGCUCUGGCCACUGAGAAUGCUCAGUUCAAAGACUGGUGGUGGAAAGUCCAGCUGGGGAAGUGCUACUACAGACUUGGUUUACACCGGGAAUCAGAAAAACAGUUCCGAUCUGCUCUCAAUCAUCAGGAGGUGGUGGACACAUACCUCUAUCUGGCCAAGGUGUAUCAGCGGCUUGAUCAACCUAUAACUGCACUGAACCUCUUCAAGCAAGGUCUGGACCACUUCCCUGGGGAGGUCACUCUCUUAACAGGAAUUGCUCGCAUUCACGAGGAGAUGAAUAACAUCACCUCAGCCACAGAGUACUACAAAGAUGUCCUGAAGCAGGACAACACUCACGUUGAGGCUAUCGCCUGCAUAGGCAGCAAUCACUUCUACACGGACCAGCCUGAGAUCGCCUUGCGCUUUUACCGACGGCUGCUGCAGAUGGGGGUAUAUAAUUGCCAGCUGUACAACAACCUGGGAUUGUGCUGCUUUUAUGCCCAGCAGUAUGAUAUGACCCUGUCCUCCUUCGAGAGGGCUCUGGCCCUGGUGGCCAAUGAUGAGGAGCAGGCUGACGUCUGGUACAACAUUGGACACGUGGCCGUGGGAAUAGGAGACCUGACUCUGGCAUCCCAGUGUUUUAAACUGGCCUUGGCCUUCAACAACGACCAUGCUGAGGCCUAUAAUAACCUGGCCGUGCUGGAGCUACGCAAGGGACACAUUGAGCAGUCCAAAGCUUUCCUCCAGACCGCUGCAUCAAUUUCCCCUCACAUGUAUGAGCCACACUUUAACUACUCCACUCUGUCAAACAAGAUUGGAGAUCUGCAGAGUAGCUACACGGCAGCCCAGAGGUCAGAGGAUGCCUUCCCUGAGCAUGUAGAUACCCAGCAGAUCCUGAAACACCUGCGCCAGCACUUUGCUGUGCUGUGACCUACUGACCGACACACCUGACUUGACAGUCCAAAAUUCCUGUGUGAUAACUUACUUAGUUGUCGCAGAGUGCUGCUAUUGAACAACAGUGACUGGCCUCAUGUUCCGGUUAGACAUCAUCACAAUCUACAGAAAAACAUUCUGCUGUUAGAGGAUGGUGACAAUACACCGCCUAAAUGAUACAAAGAGCAAUUUGGCUUGGGCAACUCACUGCACAGACAUUAUUAUAAAACAGUUAUUUAAAACUGCCUGGCCCAAUGCAGGUCUUAUUAGUUGUAUUUUAAGUGUUUUAUUUGCAGCCAAGAUUGGUUUUGGCAUUUGUUUUUCUCAUCAACUGUUGAUUCACAUACAUGUGUAAUAGUAUUUAAGGUACUUUUAAGCACUGAUAGUGAAUGUACAUAAUAAAGUAUGAACAUGGAAGAAAAACAUAUUUACUAUAGUACAUAUAUUUAUACUGCUAUCUUUUUAUAGUGUAUUCAGAUGUAAACCUGGGAUGUAUUUUGGUAUUAACAUUACUCUUGUAAUAAUUUGUAGUCUGUCUUGUUUGUAAGGAGUAAACUAUAUAAACUUUUUUUUAAAGAUGCA